AGAGUUCUUCACUCUCAAACAGUUGCAGCUAUCCUGGUUAAACAGUAACUGGGCAGUGGCUGUUGGUAUCUCCGCUGUCCUCCACUUGGCUGGAGAACUGUACAUCUCUUUCUGACUCUCUCUCUCUCUCUGCCUCUUUCUCUUUCUUGCUUUCCCAGUCUCCUGCUGCUCCUCUCUCUUAUACACUCUCCACUCUGACCAUGAUGCUGAUAUCUCCUGCUAAGCUCUUCCUGCUAGUGAUAAUGCUUCACGCCAGUGCAGUCACAGACUCGAUAUCAAUGCAGAAUUCGAAUGCAGUGAAAUGCGGUGUUCCUUCAGAGUGGGGAGGGGUCCGGAGCCGGUUCAGGUUGCGGAAGCGGAUUGUCGGAGGCAAGGAGUUCCAGCCUGGAGAGCACCCUUGGCAGGUGUCUUUGAAACGGCGUAAGCGCCAUCUUUGUGGAGGGACGAUCAUCGGAGCAAAGUGGGUGAUAACGGCUGCUCACUGCUUACGGGACAGGAAGAUCCUGUCAGUGUUGACGGUGACAGCAGGGGAGCAUCAUCUGAACAACAUGGAUAGUAAUGAGCAAACGCGGACUAUCAAGCGGAUCAUUGCCCAUCCCAAGUUCAAGGCUAUCUACCCCGUGGAGUUUGAUGUCGCUCUUCUGGAGCUCAAUGGCAACUUCACCUUUGAUUCCCAUGUUUAUCCGGCCUGCCUUCCUGGAGUGAAUGAUACUUUUGAGACGGGAAUCAUCUGCACUGCCACUGGCUGGGGGCGUCUGUCUGAGAAUGGGAAGUUAUCGAACACUCCGCAGGAAGUUGAGCUACCCAUCGUGGACCUCCAGAGCUGCUUAAACUUGAUUAAGCUGUUAAUAAAACAGUUCAAGGGUGAGACGCUUCUCUGCGCGGGGUUCCCCGCUGGGGGAAGGGAUGCCUGUCAGGGCGAUUCAGGAGGCCCCCUGGUGUGCCGGAGUGACAGAGGUGCUUGGACCCUGGCCGGAAUCUCCUCAUGGGGCAUGGGCUGUGGUCGUGGCUGGGAGGAUAACGGGAGGAAAUCAUUCAAAAAAAGAGGGACCCCUAGCAUCUUCACCAACGUGAAGUCCGUGAUACUGUGGAUUCACCAGGCCAUGAACAGCGAAUUAAUACGGCACAGCAGAUCAAUCUUACCAGGGGCAGAUCUGGAGAGUCCAGAGGACGUGCGGCCUUCUGCAAACUUGCUCCAGGUGGUUAACUUUUCCACUGGAUGUACGGAUGUAAUUUUGAUGGGAUCUCAGGGGGAGAUCCAAUCAUCUGGUUACAUUACCCAACCAAGUUGCUUGUGGAGAAUUGUCGCACCGAAGAACAGAGUUAUUAAGCUUGAAGUUAAAGCUUUUAACAGCAUUCUGGAUGGUGAAGACUGCAGGAUUUCUCUCUCCGUCUUUGAUGGUGCAACUCUUGCCCAAAACUUGAAGGCAACACUGUGUGGUGGGCGACUUCCUCACCCCAUUUGGUCCAGUGGCUCAGCAUUAACCAUGGAAUUCACCGUCAGAUCCAACAGUACUUCGGGUGGAAUCUGGCUGGUUUACACCACCCAACAGCCAAAGAACAGUCAGCAAUCUCUCGUGUGAGGGAUGUGCUGCCAGAGAGAACGUAGGGCCUGCAAUUCACUUCUGAGACAGGCCAUUCAGCCCCUCUCUUCCAGCCUACAUACAGGGCUCUUCCACUUCCAUCCAGCUCCCUCACCAACAUCUUUCUUCCUCCUGUGUUUAUCCAGCUUCCUAUCACUCCCACCUUUUCCAUUCUCCUCGAGCUCUUCCCCUGCCCUCCCACCAUGUUUGGUGUCUCUUUUGUGAAACUGAACCACUCCAGUUCACUUUGUCUCAGGAUAGAUUCUGCAGAAUGAAAUUACUCUCCAAGACCAUCCAAACGAACCUUCCAAACCCACCCAGCGUAGGAAAUUGACAUUUGAAACUGUAUUUUUAGACAUGGAAGCAGAAUUAGGCCAUUUGGCCCAUCAAGUUGACUCCGCCAUUCUAUCAUGGCUGAUUUAUUUUCCCCUUCAACCUCAUUCUCUGCUUUCUCCCAGUAACCAAUGACACUCUGACUAAUCAAGAACCUAUAAUCCAGCUUACAUAUAUCCAAUGAAUUAGUCUCCAUGGCCUUCCGUGGCAACGAAUUCCACAGAUUCACUACGCUAAAGCUGUGCAGAGCACUCAAACCUGAAUCAAAUUGAGUUCUAAGCACAGUAACGAUUUUAUAGUUUAAAUCUGCUUAUCCGUAAGUCAGGGUAAGUCUAUUAUCUCUGCCUGCUGCUGCCCCACUGAACAAAUGUCCUCAUAUCUUGAUUCCAUUCUACUCCCCUUGGUUCAGAUCCUUCCCACCUACAUCCACAAUACUUCAAAGGCUCUCAAUCUCCUUAGUAACUUUCAAUUCCCUGGCCCUGACUGCUUAAUUUUCACCAUAGUUAUUCAGUCCCUAUACACUUCUAUUCGCCAUCAAGAAUGUCUCAAAACUCUCCGCUUCUUUCUUGACAAAGGAACCAACCAUUUCCCCUCUACUACCACCCUCCUCUGUCUGGCAGAACUGGUUCCCCACCUCAACAACUUUUCCUUUGGCUCCUCCCACUUCCUUCAGACUUGAGGGGCGGCCACGGGCACCUGCACAGCUAUCUACGCCUGGCCCUUCGUGACUACGUAGAACAGUCCAUUUUCCAAGCCUUCCCAGUAAUACUCCUCAACUCUUCCUGUGCUACAUUGGCAACUGCAUUGGUGGUGCUUCAUGCACCUAUGCUCUGCUCAUCAAUUUCAUCAACUUUUCCUCAAUAUUCCACCUGCCAAUUUCAUAGUUUAUUUCUGACACCUCCCUCCCCUUUCUUGAUCUCUGUCUUCAUCCUUACAGACAAACUGUCAAUUGACAUCUUUUACAAACCUACUGAUUUCCAUGGUUAUCUUGGUUAUACCUCUUCCCACCCUAUCUCCUAUAAAAAUGUUAUUCCCUUUUCUCAGUUUCUUCAUCUCUGCUGUAUCUGUUCCCAGGAUGAGGCUUUCCUUAGCAGAUCCACCUUCUUCAAAGAAUGGGUUUUCCCUUCAUCCACUAUUGAUGCUGCGCUCAUCCGCAUCUCCUCCAUUUCCAGAACAUCAACACUCGCACCAUCUUCCUGCUGUCUUAACAAUGAUAGUGUGUCUCUUGUCCUUGUCUACCACCCCAUGAGCCUCUGCAUCCAACACUUCAUCCUCUGCAACAUCUGUCAUCUCAAAGGGAUGCUACCACUAAAUAUACCCUUACUUCCCUCCCCUCCGCUUUCUGUAGGGAUUGCCCCCUGUGUGAUUCCCUUGACCAUUCAUCUCUCCCCACUAAUCCCCUUCCUGGCACUUAACCUUGCAAGCAGCCUAAGUGUUAUACCAGCCCAUUCACCUCCUCUCUCACCUCCAUUCAGGGCCCUCAACAAUCCUUCCAGGUGAGGCAACACCAACUGCAAAUCUGCUGGGAUCAUCUAUUGCGUCCGGUGCUCCCGAGGUGGCCUCCUCUACAUUGAUAAGCCCCAUCGAGCACCCCCUCUCCAUUUGGCAAAAGCAGAACUUCCCAAUGGACAAAUAUUUUAACUCUGAUUCCUAUUCUCAUUCCAACAUUUUGGUCCUUGGCUUCCUCUUGUGUCAAGAUGAGGCCACCCUGAGGGUGGAGGAGCAACAUCUUAUAUUCUUUCUGGGUAGCCUCCAAGCUGAUGGUAUGAAUAUUGAUUUCUUCUCCCAGUUAAAAAAAAUUCCCUUCCACUUCCGUCUUCUUCUAUUCCCCACUCUAGCCUCUUACCUCUGCUCACCUGCCUAACACCUUCCCCUGGUGCCCCUCCUCCUUCCUUUUCUCCUAUGGUCCACUCUCCUCUCCUAUCAGAUUCCUUUCUCUGCAGCCCUUUUACCUUUCCCACCCACAUGACCAGACCAUUCACCUUCCUUUAUCACCCCCCUUCCUUCCCAGUCCUGAAGAAGGGUCUCAGCCUGAAAUGCUGGGCUUUUACAAAUUUCCACAGAUGUUACCUGACCUGCUGAGUUCCUCCAGCAUUUUGUAUGUGUUGCUCUGGAUUUCCAGCAUCUGCAAAAUCUCUUGUGUUUAUCCAUAAGUUGUUAGAGUUUAAUAUGAUAGAAAUUAAAAUGCUUCUUGAAUAAUU